CAGCCAAUCAGGAGCCGAGUUGAGCGAAGGCGUGGCUGUCUGGUGGCAAUAUGAACACUAAAGAGACUUCAACUGUGUGUUGUAAGCUCACAGAGGAGCAAGAAGGGAAGUGUACAUAAGAGUGAAACCGACUCCUAUUGAACAACUGAUAUCCAGCUCCAGUGUGACAACAAACAUGUCCCAGCAGGCAGCGAACGGGGUCCCGUGCAGAGGCAGCAGGCUGCUGACUUUGGACAACAUGAACCCCCAUGUGAGGCGGGUCGAGUACGCAGUCCGUGGUCCCAUAGUCCAGCAGGCUCUGAAGAUAGAGAAGGAGCUCAAAGAGGGAGUCAAGAAACCUUUCACAGAAGUCAUCAAAGCUAACAUCGGCGACGCCCACGCCAUGGGUCAGAAACCAAUCACAUUUUUCAGACAGGUUUUGGCUCUGUGUUCUUAUCCUGACCUCCUGAAAGAAGACAUGUUUCCAGAGGAUGCCAAGAACAGAGCGCGGCGUAUCCUCGAUGCCUGUGGAGGCCACAGUAUAGGGGCCUACAGUUCUAGCCAGGGCAUUGAGUGCAUCCGUCAGGAUGUGGCGCGCUACAUAGAGAAGAGAGAUGGUGGAAUCCCCUCUAACCCCGACAGCAUCUACCUCUCCACUGGAGCCAGCGAUGCCAUCGUGACCAUGCUGAAGUUGCUGGUGUGUGGCGAGGGUCGUAGCCGUACCGGAGUGAUGAUCUCCAUUCCGCAGUACCCUCUGUACUCGGCCACCCUGGCAGACCAGGAUGCCGUGCAGAUCAACUACUACCUGGACGAGGACAAGUGUUGGAGUCUGGAUGUCAAAGAGCUAAAGAGAGCCCUCAACGCAGCCAGGCAGCACUGCAAUCCCCGCGUCCUCUGCAUCAUCAACCCCGGAAACCCCACUGGUCAGGUCCAGAGCAGACAGUGCAUUGAAGAUGUGAUCCGAUUUGCUAAAGAGGAGCACCUCUUCCUCAUGGCUGAUGAAGUCUACCAGGAUAAUGUGUAUGCAGAGGGCUGUAAGUUCCACUCCUUUAAGAAGGUGUUGUUUGAGAUGGGACCAGAGUACUCCAGUACAGUGGAGAUGGCCUCCUUCCACUCCACCUCCAAAUGCUACAUGGGAGAGUGUGGAUUCCGUGGCGGCUACAUGGAGGUGAUUAAUAUGGACCCUGAAGUGAAGGCCCAGCUUACCAAACUGGUGUCGGUGCGUCUGUGCCCUCCCGUUCCCGGACAGGCUCUCCUGGACCUGGUGGUCAACCCCCCGCAGCCUGAUGAGCCCUCCUACAACACGUUUAUGAAGGAGCGGACAACAGUGUUAGCAGAUUUAGCAGAGAAGGCCGGGCUUACAGAGCAGAUCUUCAAUACAGUACCCGGUAUCACCUGUAACCCUGUGCAGGGGGCCAUGUACACCUUCCCCCGUAUCGCUCUAUCGCAGAAGGCCAUCGACAAGGCAAAGGCGGCAGGCCAGGUCCCUGACAUGUACUACUGUAUGAGGUUGCUGGAGGAAGAGGGUAUCUGCCUGGUGCCAGGCAGUGGCUUUGGCCAAAGAGAGGGAACCUUCCAUUUCAGGAUGACCAUCUUGCCUCCCACUGAGAAGCUGAAGAUUGUGCUGCAGAAGAUCCGCGACUUCCACUUGCGGUUCACACAAGAGUUUUCAUAACCAUCAUUUCAAGAACCAACUCAUUCAGUGCCAGUAUCUUCAAGUGCCUUUGUGUGAAGGAGGCAGUAGUCUUAAUGUCAACUCCUCCAAUACCCAUCUCUCACCUCAAGGCUGUAUUCACGCUAGAUCAGUUUUUUGCAGAUAUUUUCACUGUUUCGCAUCAGUGAAGAACGUUGAACGUUUCCUUGUUUAGACAGUUAGUGAAAGUUAGAUGUUCGAAAUGUUAUCUAAAGAGUAUAAGAUAAUUAAGAUGUCCUUGUCAAAGAUGCUUCCGCAGAUGCAUCUCUCCUGCCAAGAUUUGUACAGCCAAAUUAGUUUGGAAGUAUCAAUUUAACAACAUGUUAGGUGAGUAGUGCCAUGUGUUUCAAGGCCUGUCUCAGAUUGUAGGCAUUUGUAGUACUAAUUUUUAAAUUGUUCUUAAAUAUAAAUAAAAAACUUGAAUUUCUAGAA